AUGUAUCAACAACAACAGGCCUUGUCCAAAGUCAUUGAGCUGGCUAAAAACCCAAAGGUUCAAGUCGCUGCUGGAGUCCUCCUUGUCCUCAAGUCGCUGGGGUACUUGAAUGCCUGGUAUACGAAGAGGAAGGUCAACAAUCAUGUUAGCGACCCUUCAUGGGAUUGGGGCCGCGAAAUUGUGGUUGUUACUGGAGGAAGCAAUGGAAUUGGGGCAGCGAUAGUUUCCCGGUUUGCUGAAAGUGGCGUCAAGGUCUUGAUACUGGAUCGGAACCCUCCUGCUACCAAGUUGGCCACAAAUACAUACUUCUACAAGAUCGACCUUUCGGAUUCGGAAGCCAUAUCAUCGGUUGCGGAUCAAAUCAGAGAAGACCACGGCAACCCGACCGUUCUGAUCAACAAUGCCGGAUUUGCAGAAUUAAAAGCUAUACUAGACUUGCCGGACUCUUACUUCAAGAAUAUCUUUGACGUAAACCUCCUCGCUCCCUACCUCCUCACCAAGCAGUUCCUCCCCAGCAUGAUCAAGCGGGAUCACGGUCACAUUGUCAAUAUUGCUAGCCAAGCAUCUUUCGCUACGCAAGCAACGAAUGUGGCCUAUGGCUCCACCAAGGUCGGCCUACUGGCUUUCCACGAAGGCCUUGGCCAGGAGCUGAGAUAUAUCUACAAGGCCCCUCGCGUUCGCACUAGUGUUGUGCAUCCCUCAUGGAUCAGGACGGCUAUGACAGCAGAGAUGGAAGCAAACGGAAAGCUGAAGGACACAGUCACGCCAGCUGAAGUUGUGGCUGAUAGAAUUUGCGACCAGGUCUAUUCUGGCUAUGGUGCACAGAUCCUUGUGCCAUCUAACUUGUGGUGGACUUCCCUAAUCCGAGGACUGCCAGGAUGGCUUCAAGAGUCUUUGCGUAAUCAAGUUUCCCUCAUCUUGAUGACUGCCAUGGGCACUGGGCCUAAGUAA